AUGAAUACUCGUGAAGAGUUACGCUUCGAGAAAAUAUUUAAAACCAUGCUAAAAGCACUGUGGUUAAACAAAUCUCAUCCGAAUAUACCACGAGACAUGAAAUGGUUUUUUCAUUUUUUUAUUACGUAUGGAACAUUCGCGCUUGGUAUGAGUUUCGCUGCUUAUAGUACAUUUUUUCACGAUAUGAAGGAUAGAAACAUUAGUCAGGCCUGUUAUCACGGAGUUUUAAUUGUUAUUUUUACUGUCGUCUCCUUAUAUCAAUUUGUCAUGGGGUGGCAUCGAUUUCGCUUUCAAGAUUUAAUAAGUCAAAUUAAAGAAGACUACGAUCAGGCCAAACAAUGUGCUAUUGAAGACUACAAUGUAGUAUUAGCUUAUGCUAAAAGGGGUAAAAUGAUUCUGAACAUUUGGAUUGCUUUGCUGAUCUUUUGUGUUACUAUACAUCAGUUAAGCGCGAUUUUGCCAAUGGUUCACAUUGCAAUAACGACGGGAAAGUUUCAAUGUGUUCAUCUGUAUAAUUUAACCUAUCCUGGAGAUUUGGAGCAUUGGAAACAUAAAACAUCGGUGUGUUUAACACUGUUUUCACUAUUUACUUAUGUAUAUAUAUAUGCAGUUAUAAUGUAUAUAGCUGUUGCGGCGUUCGGACCAAUUUUAAUGUUGCACGGAUGUGGUCAACUCGAGCUAGUGAGACGAAGAAUUGCGAAUACAUAUUCUAAACGAAACAAGGGUUUUGAGGUGAAAAAUCUCAAAUUGGCUGCUAAACAUCUCUUCGUGACAUAUAAUUUUUUGAAAAAAACAAAUGAGAGCUUGCAAAUGUUUCACGAAAUCAUUUUUAAGGCUGUGAUCGUUAUUUUGCCGUUUCUCUUUUAUCAACUUAAGGAGGGUAAUACAAAUCGGGAAAUGAACAUUGAAAUGAUAGGAUUCGUAUUAGGAGCCGCAUUAUUAUGCGGCCUUCCUUGUUACUUCGGCGAUCUGCUUUUGGAAAAGACCAAUGAUAUAAAAAUGGCUCUAUAUUCAUGUGGUUGGGAGCAUCACAUAGAGAAAGAACCACGAACAUUAAUCUUAUUACUCAUGAUCCGCGUAAGCCGGCCAGUUGGCCUUAGCACUUUGUUUCUCGAUAUCUGCCUUGAACAAUUGACUGACAUUAUUCGACAAGCUUAUGCUCUAUUUAAUCUUUUUAUUGCUGUCUUGGACUAGACCCGU